AGCAAGCUCCACUCUGUCCACAUAUGUCUUUCCUUGUUCUCUCCCCUUUAGAUCUACAGUGUGAGGAAUGGGUGUAACCAACAUGGUGGUCAAGUGCAAGAACUGACAGGCCCCAUUUAUUGCAGAAACAUGUUUAGAUCAGAUCUCAAACUAGUUUCACUUCUGAGAAAGUGAAACUCAGACACAGUCGUCGUCACUGAGAGGUGAAAUGGCGCAGAAAGGAAUUCAGCUGGACCGGGACACCUUCUCUUGUUCCAUCUGUCUGGAUCUACUGAGGGAUCCGGUGACUUCUCCCUGCGGACACAGCUACUGCAUGAACUGUAUUAAAGGCUUCUGGGAUGAAGAGGAUCAUAAGCAAAGCCACAGCUGCCCUCAGUGCAGGCAGACGUUCACACCGAGGCCUGUGCUGCUGAAAAACACCAUGCUGGCAGUUUUAGUGGAGGAGCUGAAGAAGACUGGACUCCAAGCCGCUCCUGUUGAGCACCGCUACGCUGGAGCCGAAGAUGUCGCCUGUGAUGUCUGCACUGGAAGGAAACUGAAAGCACACAAGUCCUGUUUGAUGUGUUUGAUCUCUUACUGUGAGAAACACCUUCAGCUUCAUUAUGAAUCCCCUGCCUUUGACAAACACAAGCUGGUGGAGCCCUCCAAGAAGCUGCAGGACAACAUCUGCUCUCGUCAUAAUGAGGUGAUGAAGAUGUUCUGCCGUACUGAUCAGCAGUGUAUCUGUUAUCUGUGCCCCGUGGAUGAACAUAAAGGCCACGACACAGUCACAGCAGCAGCAGAAAUAGCUGAGAGGCAGAGAGAGCUGGAGGGGAGUCGUCUGAACAUCCAGCAGAUAAUCCAGGACAGAGAGAAAGAUAUGAAGCUGCUUCACCAGGAGGUGGAGGCUAUCAACGGUUCUGCUGAUCAAGCAGUGCAGGACAGCGAGAAGAUCUUCACCGAGCUGAUCCGUCUCAUGGAGAAAAGAAGCUCCGAUGUGAAGCAGCAGGUCAGGGCGCAGCAGAAAAGCGAAGUGAGUCGAGUCAAAGAGCUUCAGGAGAAGCUGGAGCAGGAGAUCGCUGAGCUGCAGAGGAAAGACAGAGAGCUGAAGAAGCUCUCUCACAAUGAGGAUCACACCCAGUUUUUACACAACUACAUCUCACUGUCACCAAUCAGUGAAUCUAACCCCAGCAUCACGAUCCGUCCUCUGAGGUACUUUGAGGACGUGACAGCGGCUGUGUCGGAAGUCAGAGAUAAACUGCAGGACGUCCUGAGUGAGAGUUGGACAAACGUCUCACUGAAGGUGACUGAAGUGGACGUUUUGCUGCCACGACCAGAGCCCAAGACCAAAGCUGACUUCUUAAAAUAUUCACGUGAAAUCACACUGGACUCAAAUACAGCAAACACAAAGCUGUUAUUAUCUGAGGGGAACAGAAAAGCAAAACGAUUAAGUCAAUCACAGUCUUGUUCUAGUCACCCAGACAGAUUUACCUAUUAUGUGCAGGUCCUGAGUAGAGAGAGUCUGACUGGGCGUUGUUACUGGGAGGUGGAGAAGAGUGGAGGAGUUUAUGUAGCAGUCGCAUACAAGAACAUCAGCAGAAGAGGGAGCUCUACUGAAUGUAAAUUUGGUCAAAAUGACAAAUCUUGGGUGUUAGAUUGUGACAAAAACAGUUAUGACUUUUGGUACAACAACGUCAAAACUCCUGUGUCAGGCCCUCAGUCGUCUAGAGUAGGAGUGUACCUUGAUCACAGUGCAGGUAUUCUGUCCUUCUACAGCAUCUCUGACACCAUGACUCUCCUCCACAGAGUCCAGACCACGUUCACUCAGCCUCUCUAUGCUGGACUUUGGAUUUAUUAUGACGGGUCCACUGCUGAGUUGUGUAAACUGAAAUAGACAGAAGUAAUUUAAAGGGGUGACAGAAUGAUUAUAUAGGGUUUUUUACACUGUUCCUUAAGGUCUCCUAAUAGGGUUUGUAACAUUGAUUGGGUUGAAAAUGGCCAGGUUGCUAUUUUAUGGGCCCUUAUGCAUCCCUGUGUUUUGGCCUUAUUUGGAAUGAGAGCUUUUCUUCCAAAUAUGGUAUGCUCAUGAAUAUUUAGAUGAGCUGCGCGCCGAUUGGUUGAGCAAACCACAUACACAUCCAUUGGAGAUGAGACAGCAGGUCUCAUAUUUCAGACACUACAAUGUUUCGUUACUAAAUUCACUUCUGAGACCUUUUUAUGCGAGAAAUCAACUAUAUAAAGCUCAAUUAUGGGCCGUUUUACAAACAUUGAUGGCUAAUUGCAAAAUUUGGUAAGACGUGUCGGACUUCAGGAGGUCCACACAGUCUGACGAGACAGCGGCAGCCCCGCUACGCUCCAUACCCAGGAGAAAGUCACCGUUUCUGGGUUACUGGACUACCGGGGCUCGGGGCUCCGCGGAGCUGGCCGGCUGCCGGCAUAACUAUAGUAUAUUUACAG